CAGACGCCAACGCACAGCCUUCUUACGAGUCUUGGUCCACCAGCAGCACGAAGUCUGUGAAAGGUACACGGCUAAGACCUGAAUGCCAUCUCCACUCUACCCAGGUCCUACGGUUUUCUCAUGCUGACUUCUUGACGGAUUUGACUCUUAGUUGCUGGCAACUCCUGGGCAGGAGAAAUGGCUCCGACCGCACUGGGGUUCGGAAGGCGGAAUUUUCGUCCGUUAAAGAGGAGGAGUUCGUUGCUGUUGAAACUCGUAGCCGUUGUCUUUGCUGCGCUUCUGUUUUGUGAAUAUUUAGUCUAUUACUUAGUGAUCUCGCGGUGUGAUUGGCCUGAGGUGAACACUCCAGCCUACGAUGGUAAACAAGCGACUUCUGAGCCUGUGUUGAGAGCCAUGUUUUUGGCAGACCCCCACUUGCUUGGGGAAAUCAGAGGCCACUGGCUAGACAAGUUACGAAGGGAAUGGCAAAUGGAGAGAGCCUUCCAGACCGCUCUGUGGUUGUUGGAGCCGGAAGUCGUCUUCAUUCUGGGGGAUGUCUUUGAUGAAGGGAAGUGGAGCUCCCCCCAGGCCUGGGCAGAUGACGUGGAACGGUUUCAGAAAAUGUUCAGACACCCAAGUCACGUGCAGCUGAAGGUCGUCGCUGGCAACCAUGACAUUGGUUUCCACUAUGAGAUGACCACAUACAAAGUCAAACGGUUCAAGAAAGUUUUCAACCCUGAAAGGCUGUUUUCUUGGAAAGGCGUUAAUUUCGUGAUGGUCAGCAGCGUGGCGCUGGAAGGGGACCGCUGCGCCCUGUGCUCCGAGGAGGAAGCGGAGCUGCUCGCGGUCUCCCGCAGGCUGAACUGCUCCCGGGAGGGUCCCGCCUCGCGCCAGUGCGGAGACGCCGACGGGCGGCCGCCGCCCGCGUCCGCCCCGGUCCUCGUGCAGCACUACCCGCUCUACCGGAGGAGCGACGCGGACUGCGCCGGGGACGACGCCGCCCCUCCGGAGGAGAAGCGCACCCCGUUCCAGGAGCGCUACGACGUGCUUUCUCGGGAGGCCUCGCAGAAGCUGCUGUGGUGGCUGCGGCCGCGCCUGGUCCUGAGCGGCCACACGCACAGCGGCUGCGAGGUGCUGCACGCCGGAGGCCCCCCCGAGCUCAGCGUGCCAUCUUUCAGCUGGAGGAACAGAAACAACCCGAGUUUCAUCAUGGGCAGCAUAACAGCCACAGGUCACGCCCUCUCCAAGUGCUACCUCCCGCGUGAGGACAUGGUUCUGACCACCUACUGCGGAGCAGCUGUGUUCCUUGCGGUCCUCAUAUUUGCUCACUUUGAGCUGUUAGCCUCACCUUUUCCUUUCGGUUGGAACCUGCUCAGAAAGCCUAGGACGACGUGAAGAGCAGGCGACGUCUGCACUUAGGAAUAAAUAUCGAAGCCCAAGACAUGGAAGUUCAGGCAGAGCUCGAGGAGUGGAGCGGAGGACCAGACCACGUGUAGGCUGUCUGUGCAGACCUCACGGAGACUCUAAGUCACUGAUGUGAGUUACUGCAGAAUAAAUAGUUGAUUGGACUGUUCUCAUGCUAUAAAAAUGGAACGUGUACUCUACAACAAAUCAGUUUUCUCAUUUUUAUCAAAUAUAUGGAUCAUCAGAGGUUGCAUCUGUACAGUAUGUAAAUGCUAUUAAUGCCAUCGCCUGCAUGCACGACGCAGUCCUUGCUUGCCCAGGAAGGGCCUGGCAGCCCCCACACACUUGGGGUGUGUGUACAUAACACUGGGCUUGCUUCUGUCUGCCUGUGAGGUGGUUCUCAGAUUCCUGUAUAGUGUAACGCCACACCCUGAAAAUAAAAGUACGGGUGCAAUGUACAGGAAUAUAGUGCUUUUCUAGACUUUUGUACUUUUGUGCUAAAUUAAUGGAAUCAGGUUUUUAGAUAAGUAAUUUUCUCUACAGGAGACCACGUUGUUAGGUCUGAACUUAAUGCAUUCAAUGAUCAAAAGAAACUUAAAAAAUGGAGGGAAUAUGGCUUUUGGUA